AUGGAUACGGAGUUAUUUCUGAGAGCGCACCAAGGCGCACGCGUCGGGGUAACAGCCAGAGGACCUCGUAGAGUCUUUACUAGCUCUUUAGACCACUUGCUCCAAGCCGCCUCCCUUCCAGCGUCGGCUUCGCAAGGUUUGCAGGCGCAGUAUCCACCGUUCGUUCCGUCUAGUCAAGGGCGACCCUUGGCAGCGGAGCGGUCACAAACGCGUCUCGUAACGCCUGGUGACAGCCAGAAAAAGCUCUUGCAUGCGGGCCCUUCCUACCUCGCAGUGCGCUCUCCGCACACCUCCUCGGAUGCGCACGGGAAAACUGCUACCUUGCGUCCACUCCAGGAGCCAACAGAACACUUGGACGAAGGCGCUUGCUCCCCCCAGAGGGAAGGGGAUUCCCAGGCGGCACAGGCUCUCUCGCUCAGUGCUGCAAGCGCCGACGAGGCCCUGGAGAGCCCGCAGGCAUUCACAGCGCCUUCGAUUGAAGACGACUCCUUGUGGGAAGACGAGGCAGACUGUUCUGGGGGCCCCUUUUGUGAGUCGGGGGGGGAAUCUCUGACGACACCCGAGCAAACAGCGCGGGGAGGUUUUGAAGGGAGGCAUCUUGCUGAGCUCCCUUGGGUGCGAGAGGGAGACCUCCUGCUCCGACAAAGGCGGCAGAGCACAACGACGCAGCCAACAGGCGGACUGCGGCCGAAAUCUGCCACGAAGGAGGAGGAGGGAGAGGCGCUGGACUUAGGAGACGCUGCGGAGGUCUCAGUGCCGGAGCCACACUCGAGCUUAGUGAAAGACGCGAAGGCGUCACUUGCACCCGUAGACACAGAUGCCACCAAGGACGCUGGAAAAACGUUGCUGGUGACAGGCGACUCUUACAAAGUACAAGAAAAGAGUCCAGCCUCACCAGGCAGCGGCGGUCCGGAGAACUCUGCGCCCCCCUCGUCAUGUGAGACGCCUUUCCUGGCCUUCCCAGAUUCUCAAGAAGCCUUUCCUGUGACUUUGAGUGCCUCUGCUGGUAAACUGCAGCUGCGAACGGCGGCAGAAUUUGGCGGAGAGGUCCCGCCAAGUGAGACCGUUUCGCCCAGGGGGUGUUCAAGGGUCAGCAACCCUUGGAGUGCAGCCUCAUCAAAUACCCUGAAAGAAAGUCCUCGAGGGUGUCAAAUUAUGAAGGCCUCCUCAACGGAAGACAAGGCCCCUGAAGAGCAUCGUCUGUUCUCAGCGGAAACGCAUGCGUCUACCCCUCGGUUUAAAAAGUGGGCUACUAAGGAAAUCUCAAGCAGGAGACAGGAUGCGGCUGCGGACAGUCCAGCAAGAGAGAUAUCUGGAGCCUAUGGAGCAGAUAUGGGUUCUUUAGAGCAAAGAAGUGAAGAAGAACGAUGCAAGGAGGGCCAGCCAAUAUCGGCAGCACGCCAUCAAUCAACCCGAAUUGCGUCCACGCAGGAGCCAGGAAGCUCUGCGCUGGUAGAGUCGAAGAAAACCGCUGAAAUUAGAAGCGAGGAGAGUCUCUCUUGCUUCAGCAUUCCUGUGUGCUCAGCAUCAGCAGAGAGGCCUGUCCUCCAAGUGCUCGCAGACAGUCCCAGAGGCCACACCGCGUGCGCCCUCGAAAAGGAUGUCGCCUUAUCAUCCCUUGUUUCUUCUCCGCAGGAGGCUUCCCCUAAAGGCCUAGCGGACACGGAAAAGCCUUUCUGCGACCCCCCCAAUUUGCAGAUGAUGUCCUCUCCUGCAGCAAUGUCUCCUCGACGGUUCGUUGCCGAGGCGGGCCAGAGUUUUAAGGAGAAAUUCUUGCAGCACUGGACUGGAGACAGUUUGCAGCCUGUGGCUGGGCGCAUUGAAGGAAGGACACCCUCAGUGGAGCGCGCUGGAAAAAAUGCAGUCGAAAGGCAGGAUGCCGCACCCUCUUCAGCUCAGCAGCAGCAGCAAAAGCGGCCGGCUCUCCAGUCGCCUAGCUCUUUGGCAAACAAAGGCUUGAAUAAAGGCAGCUCUUGGGGGCUUCCAUGCGGUCGGCGGUGCGAGGCCUGUAUUGCGGAGGUGUGUGACCGCCUACUGGCGGAGGCGAGUCCAACGGAAGCUGCCGCCCUGAAACAACUUACAUCUCCCAAUAGAAGGCUUCUCUCAGGAGAAGAGACUCCCCUCGACCGCCUAGCUGAGGCAGGACCCUCCGUCGCAGCCACGAUCAUGCGACUUGUGUCCAUGUCUCCUAAAAGGUCAGGGCAGGCGGGACCAACUAGCUCGCUCGCUGGCGCUGGCCUAGCCACACCCGUAGCAGCAGCAGCCAACGGCAGUGGAUCGCCAAAGAAAGCGCAGGGGAGGAGGCGCUACCCGGAGCCUCAGAAUGUUUUUGCCGGGCACAAGACAGCGCGGUGCUCCGAAGACGGCGUGUCAGAGCGCAUGUGCCUGGUGCUGCCUGCCGGGACUAGGGAGCUCCUGUGGAUGCUGUCUCGGCGGCCUCCUGAGGCUUUGUCAGAGCCAGCCUGUACAGGGUCCUUACCCCAAGGCCCUCUCCCAAAGGACGGGGUGGCAUCAGGUGUUUCAGAGCCCCCUGGAAAAGCUCCGCCAGAAAAGCGGAACCCAGCUGUGGCCGUGAAACCCGUCACCCGAGUCACCACUCUAAAGGGAAAGGACGCAGGAAACUUUGGCUUGCAGAGGAUCAAGAAGGCCCUAAAGCCUUCCUUGAGGGGAAGCCUUCCCCCCUCCUCCUCAGCAAACAAACACCAGAAGCUUCCGGCUAAGACACCCGCAACCAAGAGCUCGCCCGCAGUCUGCACGCAGAAGCGUCGCGAGCAAGUGGGAGCUCCUCAUCACGAGGGUUCCCCCGCACACAAGAGAGCAGAAAAAAUUCUGCUCUCCAAAGCUCGGAGCUGCCCUGCAGUAUCGGGAGGGUCCCCUGGGUGUCAGUGUGAAAAGAGCUUGUUUCCCGACGGCGGUGGCUCCCUGGUCCCGAGUUGUGCCCCGCGGAAACAGCAGAGCGAACGACUCUUAAGGGGAAAUGUGUCUUCCCACAAAAAGCGCUGUGUCACUGCUCAAAAAGUGGAAGGUCCAAGCACUAGCACAGCGACAAGCGGGCAGCUACGAGGGAAGAAACCCCCUUGGGACUUUUCCUGUGUCCUGCGGCACGACGGCCCCCGCCUGCCAUUCAGCACGCUCCUAAGGGGACAGGGGAAGCGAAGGGGUCUUUGA